GCGCUCUCUUGAAAUCAUUCUGAUUUCUCUCUCUCUCUCUCUUCUCCAAUUCAUUCUCAUUCCAUUUCUUCGAUCUUUCUCUGUUUCUUCAAUCAUGGAGGACAAGUAUGUGGCGUUUGCAGCUUUGAUGCUCGUUUAUCUCGGCUGGUACGGCUAUAAAAAAUUAAAGAGUUGGUAUCGGCGACGGGAAGAUGAGCGGCGAUGGGGCGGUGGCGGUGGCGGUGGCGGCAACCGCAACCGAGCAGGUGAUCAUCCACGCGGUGGCCGUGGCAACGGAGCAGGUCGAGGUCGAGGUGGCGAUGGCAACGGAGAAGGUCGAGGUCGAGGUGGCGAUGGCAACGGAGAAGGUCGAGGUCGAGGUGGCGAUGGCAACGGAGAAGGUCGAGGUCGAGGUGGCGAUGGCAACGGAGAAGGUCGAGGUCGAGGUGGCGAUGGCAACGGAGAAGGUCGAGGUCGAGGUGGCGAUGGCAACGGAGAAGGUCGAGGUCGAGGUGGCGAUGGCAACGGAGAAGGUCGAGGUCGAGGUGGCGAUGGCAACGGAGAAGGUCGAGGUGGCGAUGGCAACGGAGCAGGUCAUCAUCCAGACGGUGCUGAUCCUGAGCGGGCAGGCCAAGGUGGCGAUGGCAUUCAAGAAGCUGACUUAUGCCACCAUGAACAUGUUCCACUCCUUCCCGAUAGAUCCUCAAAUGAAGCUCCAAGAACUGCUCAAGUAAAAGAAAGCGAUGCAGAAGAAGAAUACGAAGUGAGCGGCAAAUUGAACUCUAAGAGUGCUCUAUACAAUUUGACUGUUGUCCUUCUCAAGCUUUUGGCACGAAAGAAACCAAGUGAUGAGCAGCAGGGCGUGUCUUCUGAGCCUUUGUUGAAUGCUGCUGUUUAAUCCCCCAACUACGUACAUUCUUUUAGUCUCUACUCUUUCUAUCUCUCUACGUGCGUGCACAUUUAAUUUCUUGCAAGAACUCGUCGUAAAUAAGCACGCCUCCCAUUAUUGUUUACAUACAUUUUCUUCAUAAUACAUGACGGUUUUUUUGAGCUA